GAGUAGCUGGUGUUUCUGAGAGGACGAUUCGCAAGGCGGGCCCUGGCACGGUUCCCCGCGGGCAGUCCUCGGUGCGGGUCCUUCUCGCGCUCGAGCGGCGUCCGGAGCGCGGCCCAGUCCCGUCUUGCUGCCCGACGGUGUGCGGAGGGGCCCGCGGCGGCCGCCAGUUGGCUGUCGAAAGUGCCGGCCCCCGCGCCGGCGCCGGCAGCCGCCGGGUGGGAAGGCUCAAGAUGGCGUGCCUGUUAGAGACCCCAAUCCGCAUGAGCGUCCUCUCGGAAGUGACAGCGAGCAGUCGCCACUAUGUUGACAGGCUAUUUGACCCUGAUCCCCAGAAAGUGCUACAAGGUGUCAUAGACAUGAAGAAUGCUGUCAUUGGGAACAACAAGCAGAAAGCCAACCUCAUCGUGCUGGGAGCCGUUCCCAGUCUGUUCAUCAAGCCCCUUCCUUUUAGAUUGUUGUACUUGCUUCAGCAAGAAGCCUCCAGCACAGAACUGAAAACAGAAUGUGCAGUGGUGUUGGGAAGCCUCGCCAUGGGUACUGAAAACAAUGUCAAGUCUCUCCUGGACUGCCACAUUAUCCCCGCCCUACUGCAAGGCCUGCUGUCGCCUGACCUGAAGUUCAUCGAAGCUUGCCUGCGAUGCCUGCGCACCAUCCUCACCAGCGCCGUCACUCCCGAGGAGCUCCUGUACACUGAUGCCACAGUGAUACCACACCUCAUGGCUCUGCUCAGCAGGUCUCGCUACACCCAGGAGUACAUCUGUCAGAUCUUCUCACACUGCUGCAAAGGGCCAGAUCAUCAAACAAUUUUAUUUAACCAUGGUGCAGUUCAGAAUAUCGCUCACCUGCUAACCUCACUCUCCUAUAAGGUUCGAAUGCAGGCAUUGAAGUGCUUCUCUGUUUUAGCCUUUGAAAACCCCCAGGUGUCGAUGACCCUGGUUAACGUGCUGGUUGAUGGAGAAUUACUGCCGCAGAUCUUUGUGAAGAUGUUGCAGAGGGACAAGCCGAUCGAGAUGCAGCUCACUGCAGCCAAAUGUUUAACUUACAUGUGCAGAGCGGGAGCGAUCCGGACAGAUGACGGCUGUAUUGUAUUAAAGACACUGCCGUGCUUGGUUCGGAUGUGCAGUAAGGAGAGACUGCUGGAGGAGCGAGUUGAGGGAGCCGAGACCCUCGCCUAUCUCAUUGAGCCCGAUGUCGAGCUGCAGAGGAUCGCCAGCGUGACGGACCACCUCAUCGCCAUGCUUGCCGACUACUUCAAGUACCCCAGCUCCGUGAGCGCCAUCACUGACAUCAAGAGGCUUGACCAUGACUUAAAGCAUGCCCAUGAACUCCGCCAGGCCGCGUUCAAGCUCUAUGCCUCUCUGGGAGCGAAUGAUGAAGACAUCCGGAAGAAGAUCAUUGAGACUGAGAAUAUGAUGGACCGGAUUGUGACUGGCUUGUCUGAGUCUAGUGUCAAGGUGCGGUUAGCUGCCGUCAGAUGUUUGCACAGUCUGUCCAGAUCUGUGCAGCAGCUUCGAACCAGUUUCCAGGAUCAUGCCGUGUGGAAACCUUUAAUGAAGGUUUUACAAAAUGCACCUGAUGAAAUCCUUGUGGUAGCAUCUUCCAUGCUAUGCAAUCUUCUUCUUGAGUUUUCUCCAAGCAAAGAGCCUAUUUUGGAAUCAGGAGCAGUAGAGCUGCUUUGCGGAUUAACCCAAAGUGAAAAUCCUGCUUUACGAGUGAAUGGGAUUUGGGCCUUAAUGAAUAUGGCAUUUCAGGCUGAACAAAAAAUUAAAGCGGAUAUUUUGCGAAGCUUGAGUACUGAACAGCUAUUCCGGUUGUUAUCAGAUUCAGAUUUGAACGUGCUGAUGAAGACUUUGGGCCUUCUAAGGAAUCUCCUCUCUACUCGGCCUCACAUAGAUAAAAUAAUGAGUACUCAUGGGAAACAGAUCAUGCAAGCUGUGACCCUUAUCCUGGAAGGGGAGCACAACAUCGAGGUCAAAGAGCAGACACUGUGCAUCCUAGCCAACAUAGCAGAUGGAACAACAGCAAAGGAGCUUAUCAUGACCAAUGACGACAUCCUGCAGAAAAUCAAGUAUUACAUGGGUCACUCACAUGUCAAACUACAGCUUGCUGCCAUGUUUUGUAUAUCAAACCUCAUUUGGAAUGAAGAGGAAGGUGAGAUUGGUUCACAGGAACGCCAAGAUAAAUUACGAGACAUGGGCAUUGUAGAUAUUCUACACAAACUGAGUCAGUCACCAGACUCAAACCUUUGUGACAAGGCAAAGAUGGCACUGCAGCAGUACCUGGCAUGACGGGCACACCCUGGGCACCUGCGAGCACCCGCGCCCUUGUGUAAGGGAAAUACAGGAACUAGCCUCAGUUGAUUCCUUCUAUUUGCACACGUCACCUUGGACUGCAGGGAGCUGUUUUUCAAAAGCAAUUUCAUAGGCUUAGAUCUCAGAUUCAUCUUGAGAACAUUUUUUGAGGUAGUAAUUUCCUCAGAGGACUGUUGUGUUCUGUUGUGUUUUGUUUUGUUUUUUUCUGAGCUACCUGGACUCUUUAUUAGAACAAUCAAUCGUUUUUCUUUGGACCUACAAUUUUUUGCCUAUGCUGCAGCCACUUUGUGAGAGAAUGAGUGGGGGACAUGCAGGGCUGAGCGUGUGAGUGUGUGUGUGAAUGGAUGUGCGUGAGGGAUACCUCAGAUUUUUCUUUUCUUAUUUUGUGUGAAGAUCUUUUCUACAGACUUCCCAGGGUUUAAGCAUUGCUUGCUGUGUAAAAAACUUUACUGAAUUAUAUACAGUUUGAAUGAAAUGUUAUUUUAAAGACAAAACAAUUGUUUAGUGUUCCAUAAAAGUUAUGUUGAAUUUUGGUCAGAUGAAUAUUUGUAAGUAAAAAAAUAUAUAUAUAUGCAUUUCUGAACCUCAGCUUACAUAGAUUUUCUUUAUAAAAACAAAAACAAAAAAAAAGUUGGCUCUCGUUGGCCUGGAUAACAGGCGUUAUACAUGGUGCUGUGCAGCAUUGUAAGCUAGCAUCUUACUGCCGUCAGCGUUAGCAGGUGCAGAGCCUUUGUUCAGCCCAACUCCGUGAGUGAGAAGGGCAGAGUGCAGGAAUGUGAGAGCUCCUCACUGAGACGAGAGAGGGAAGUACAACUACUGACUGCAGACACUGCAGGACCUGGGCACCCGGAGCCUCCCGCUGCCCUCAGCCAGGCCUGGAGCCCUGUGCUCAGACUAGAAGCAGGGCGUCCCUCCUAGGAACCUGGUCAGAUCACUGUGCUUCCUGAAACGGCACAUACCACUGUGAAACCAAAAAACGUCUACAGACACUCCUGUGGAGAGAAGUGAAGGACAGCUCGGUGUAGAACUCUUGGCUACAUUCAGCUGACUCUAGGCCCUCAGGACUGCAGGUCGGUGUGCUCCUGUAAAGUGUGGCCGAGGUCCUUCCCGCUGGAGCGGAACCCUCGGGCUGAGAGAAGGAACAGAUCGGGCCCAGGCUGACCGCGGAGGACUCCUCACAGCGAGCACUGCCCAGCCCUCGCUCAACCCUUAGCGUGGCACCUGCUCCAGCUCCAGGACGAACUCGCCCAAGGUUCCUGACUGCGUGACGGUAGGAGCAGCCCGCCUCUUCCCUUUGCUGACGAAGGCCGGAGGCUCCUCGGCCAGGAUGCGAGCUCUGGGGUGAGUGUGCGCGGACAGGGCCCCUCCUGACGGGGCUGCUGGCAGCGUGGCUGGCCUGCCACCAGCCACAACUUCCUCACAAGAUUUCAGUGUUGGAUUGUGAAUGAACGUUUUUAAAUGUAUUUAACUGCAGUUCCUGUUUUCCAAUAUGAUAACUCAAGAUUCAAACCCAGAGUUUUCCAAGUUAUUUUUUCAGAACAUCACUGAUUUUAAAAAUCUGUCACAGCAGGGACUUUGUGCACAUGUGAGGAUGCUAAUAUGGGAAGACCAGUUUAAAGAAAAAGUUUAUUUGGAAUAAAGUGUUGUUCAGUUAGGUCCACUUAUUGUUGUUUCUAUUCCUGAGAAGAUAUCCUCGUUGGCACUUGUAACCCAGAACACCAUAGAUAGUGUUGGCAUCGAAAUACACUGGUCAGUAAAAACCAGUAACGAAUCGCUGAGACAAUCCUGAACUCACACAGCACUAGAAGGCCCAGUGAGAUCACACUUCACACUUCAGCUCAGUGGGUGUGAACAGUCGUCACUAGAAUGAACU